AUGGAUUCAAAUGCCUUUCCGUUACUUCGAAUCACGCUUCUGGGAUCUGGCGGAUGCGGCAAAACCUCCAUCGCAGAUGCCUUUGUAAACAAUGUUGUCGAGAGGUCAAACCCUCCGCCUUCCACAGACUUCCCACGGCUGAUGUAUCGCGUCGUCCGCAUUCCCGAUGAGGGCAGCUCGGACACGCGUUCCUUUAUUUGCGAGGUGGAAGACACUUUCGAUGCAGAUCGAACGGACGGUGGCAGGAGUGUCAGAGCCCUUGUAGAUAUGAAGAGAAGGAUGACAACCCUCCCUCGUGGGAUAAAGGACUUUACGCCUUUUUCGAUCUGGAAGCCGCCUAUCCAGCCGCACGCGGAACGCGAGAAGUUUCAAUCAAUUGCUCAUGGCCGCAUGGGGUUUCUGAUAGUCUUUGACGUGAAUUCUCCCGAGAGUUUCAGUAAAGCAACUGAGCUCUACGACCUCGUCAAGGACUUUGCAGAAUACAGAAAUUCGAUGAUAUCUCCGGUGAUUUUCCUUGUCGCUAACAAAACGGACGUGGACCCCCAAGGAGACGUGCCUACCCGGCUUUUGGGGAGGGCUGAACUAUACGCGCAGCAAGUUUUCUGCCGGUUGUGGCAGGUCUCUGCACAUACUGGAAAGAAUAUCAAAAAGAUGUUUGUGGAUAUGAUCCAACUGAUAUACGCUAACGGGAUGCUGUGGGAACUCGACUAUCAAGAGGAGAGCGCUUCUGAAGAAAGCGAUGAAGACCGUUGCACGAUAAUGUAG